AUGUCUGUCUUGUAUGCGAACCAAUCCUGGAAGUCGGUGGUGAAGAAUUGCUUGACUGCCAACAAGGCAGCGGAUCUUUCCAUCGUACAGACGAUAGCUCUUCUAGCCCUAUUCGACUUUUCAGCUGGUCAAACCCGCCAUGGCUCUGCCUGGGUGAAGAUAGGAAUGGCCGUCAGGAUCGCCCAAGAUCUCGGCCUUAUGCUCGAUGCUACUCCCAACCUUCCGUCUCCUGACCGAGAAGAGCGACACAGGACUUUUUGGUCAGUCUACCUUCUCGACCGCUUGGUAUCGUGCGGGCGAGGCCGACCUCCAGCAAUUGUUGAUUCAUCCUGCCACUUACAACUCCCCUGCGACGACGCGAUUUGGAAAGAAGGACGAUGGAAAAAGACACCAACCCUGGACGAGCUCACCAACCGUACCAUGGUUAAUUCAGAACUUCAAGGCAAUUUUGCCCACGUCAUCGUCAUGGCUUAUACCCUCGGAAGAGGAGCACAAUACAUGUUACAAGAUUUCAACAUCCGGAGCCGCUGCCCCCCAUGGGACCCCAGCUCGGAUUUCGCAGCCAUCGAGUCGGACCUUCUACAUCUCGAAACACGACUAGAAACCUCAAAGCCGGUCCAAGAGAUACUUGCACCCCACAUCGACCAGUACGGCGCUGUCGACCACCAAAGCGUUGGACACAUUCUGUUCGCUCGAGCACUGUUCCAUCUCUCUUAUUGCAUGCUCAAUCACCCUUUCUUAUUAAGGAGGCGGAUCGAAAACAGUCGGAUGACGGCUCCGAGCAGCUUUUUGGCGCGAACAAAUCAGACCGGCUUUCUACACGCGCAGAGUAUGCUCGAACUCAUUCGCGUUGCUCGUAACUUGGGUUGUGUCUUUCAAUCUUCCUUUAGUGGGUACUGCAUAACCGUAGCAGGAUCAAUCGCCCUGCUGCAUAUGCGUGGCGACGAUUCGGACUUGAGUUUGACAGCCCGAAGUCUAGUACAUGAAGCCAUUUCUUACUUGGAGGACGUUGGUCGCUAUUGGAACAACGUGUCCACAAUGGCCACUAUUCUGCGCGAAAUCGCCAAGAACGCCGUUGUUUUCGAAGACUUUCGCACUUCCUCACCUCAAAUUGCACCACUGUCCGGUCCCAACACAGAUACGAUGUGGAGACUCGUCGACUAUAGCACAAUGUCGAAUGAAGUGGCGGCAGGACUGAGGGAGGCUCUCAAUCCAGAUGCGGAUAUGUGGUUGGACUCUUGGACCGACCUGUUCGGCAUUAUGGAUGCUACCACAGCCGAUUUUUCGAUCUUUGCAGAUGGCAUCGGUGACCUCUAUGACGGACUUGUACAAUAA